AUGCUCAUGGCAACUGCUUAUUUACCAGAAGACGUUAUUGUUGAAACAUUCAAAAGAAUUAAAGAUGAAAUGGGUGGUGAUGAAGAUUUUGAAAAGUUUCUAGAGUAUUUCGAAAACAACUAUAUCAAAGGUGUGUUUAGAACAGCAAAUUGGUCGGUGUUUGGAUUAUCUGAAAGAACAAAUAACAGGUCAGAAAGUUUCCAUUCCGCACUUAACAGAUACAUCGGCACAACACAUCCAGUUAUCCAUAAGUUUUUGGAAAAAUUGUUGUCUUUUCAAAAAAUUAUCAAUUUGAAAUAUAUAGCAUAUGAAACUAACCUUCAAAAAAGUCGCCAAUCAAAUUUGUCGAUUAAGAAAAAUUUGACAUUGAAAGAACUACAAAAUUAA